AUGGGCAGAGCAGAGCGUCUAGAAGGAAAGAUGAGCGCCCAGGAUCCUUCCGAUCUGUGGAGCACACCCGAUGGAGAGGCUGAGCUGCUGCAGGACUUGGGGUGGUAUCACGGCAAUCUCACACGCCACGCAGCCGAGGCUCUUCUCCUCUCAAACGGAUGUGACGGCAGCUACCUCCUGAGGGACAGCAAUGAAAGGACCGGGCUGUACUCUCUCUCCGUGAGAGCCAAAGACUCUGUCAAACACUUUCAUGUUGAAUAUACCGGAUUUUCAUUUAAAUUUGGCUUUAAUGAAUUCUCAUCUUUGAAGGAUUUUGUCAAGCAUUUUGCAAAUCAGCCUUUGAUUGGAAGCGAGACAGGCACUCUGAUGGUUCUGAAACAUCCCUAUCCAAGAAAAGUGGAAGAACCUGCCAUUUAUGAAUCAGUCCGGGUUCACACAGCAAUGCAGACAGGAAGAACGGAAAAUGACCUGGUGCCCACUGCGCCUUCGCUGGGCACCAAGGAAGGUUACCUCACCAAGCAGGGAGGCCUGGUCAAGACCUGGAAAACAAGGUGGUUCACUUUGCACAGAAAUGAACUGAAAUACUUCAAAGACCAAAUGUCACCAGAACCAAUUCGGAUCCUAGACUUAACAGAAUGUUCAGCUGUACAGUUUGAUUACUCACAGGAAAGAGUAAACUGUUUUUGCUUAGUAUUUCCAUUCAGGACAUUUUACCUCUGUGCAAAGACAGGAGUAGAAGCUGAUGAGUGGAUCAAGAUAUUACGCUGGAAACUGUCUCAAAUAAGAAAACAGCUGGACCAAAGGGAAGGCACAAUCCGAUCUCAGUCGUUCAUCUUUAAGUAG